GCUUUCUCUCGCCCAAAACAUCCAUGGAAUACCGAUCUAACAGUAUUGACUGCUCAGCUGAGACGGUUUACGACACUGUCUUGGAGUCCAUGUUUCUCCUCUAGGCUACGACUCCCUCCGAAGAUGCAGCAUGGCCAGUCCCUCCUACGGCGAACGACCUCCGCUGCAAGGAUAUCGAAGAUCAUUCACCCUGCCUGCGCGUCAAUUAACCGUGCAUGAACGAGCAGGUCUCGAGAAAUCCGAUGCCGACGCCAAUGUCCUCUUCUCGCAUCCUUCUGCGCGUAUCAUAGCAUUCUCGCCACCGACCGAUUCCAUUUCUUCGCAGAGCAAAGAACCCCUACCUGAUACCGACUAUCCUGUUGACGCAAUAGAGACGCUGCCAUGGAGGUCGCGGACAGAGACGUUGGCUGCCACUGGGCAGAUCAUGAUCGAGAAAGUCCGCGGGUCAAGUAAUUUUCUGAAGUCAGCAGAUCAGAAGGUCAUACACACGAUCAUGCGCAACUCGCAAUGCUGGUGUGUCGAUGGUGAAUCAAAGUUCGUCCUGCGGACUGGGAAAUUUCGGUACUACAGGAUAGAGUUACCUUGUGAAACAGAUGCCGAUAAAGAAAAGGUGGAAGAGCUGAAGACUGUGCUUUCUAAAGUGCUUAGAUUCGAGAGAACACCGUGCCCUUUCAAAAGAGCCUUCCAUGUCGAUCUACCUGACGACGCUAUCACUCCUCGGCGGAAAGGCGUGUGGACGAGAAAGCAGCCUUCGCAGCCGACCAGUCCGUCCACAGACCCCUUGCCUCUUCGAAGAACGAAAACUUCUCGCGCAUGGAGUCUACAGGGCCCAGCGACUUCUACUCCGCUGCAACAUUAUGGACGCCGCGGAUCCGAUUAUGGGUACGGUCAAUCUCGUGAAUCAUCUCCAAUACCUCCACAUGAGAGUGACAGGUGGCGGCCCAGUACGCCGUCUAGUCUAGCGUCUAGCGAGACUGUCAGCGAGAGGGAGCAUGAAGAGCAAUCGAAUCAAGAAGACGAGAGACACAUUGGCAGCCAUUCGCCUAUGCCUGAUGACCAUGGUUCACCCGCUGAUGCUGAAGUGGAAGAGGCUCUCCAUCUGCCUCAACUACCAUCAAGCGAUGCGCCACUGGAAUGUCUCUCCCAGGAAGGACCCGUGGAGCUGGAAAAGCAGGACCCUAUCGAUCCAGGGAGGAAUGUAGAAGUGCAACUAGCUGCGGCCUCGAACGACGAUGCCGAGUCUGACGAAUCAAAAGCUCCGUCAGAGCUGAGCGAAGCGGAUCCUUUGAUUCCGGCUCAGAGUCUCGAUGGAGAUUUCAACCACCCAUUGCGAGAGUCUGACAAGGCCAUGGAUUUAACUGAAGCUGCGGCAGAAUUGACUCCAGAUGUCGACGCUUCCGAAUCUAUCCAGACCGCAGGAAUUGAAGUGAAACAACUAGAGCCGUCUGAUGAGGACCCAACGACAGCUGAAGGUCUUCCUGGCCUAUCCAGCGAGACCGAAGCUCCCUACAUGGUAGAACUUGAUGAAGAUGCUGCAGAGCGUCCUUCGAUGACUGCGACAAAUGACUCCGGAUCGGAAUCUUCUCCCAAUGACUUUGUCGAAGAAGACGGAUUUGCGAAAUCGACUCCGUCGAAUCCAGAACAUUCAGAAAAUAUCGCGGAUGAUGCUCCCGACGAGGUGCAAGACGGUGAAGCGCUGAGCAGAAUUUCCAGCGUCGACUCUUUUCACACGACGAAUUCUUUGGCUGAGGAAAACCCAGGGGAGCAUGAGAAUACAUUGGAUUUGGAAAGUACGCCCCAGGAUGAGAGGUUCGACCCUUUUCUCGACCAAAAGCCUCAACACCGGAGGGGAGUGUCUGAGAUGACUAUAACGGCUUUUACUGCUGAUAUGCGGCCGUCGACAGGCGACUCAUAUGAGAAGCCUGCUACACCAGCACUAGGGAGGUCCCCAACAUCAGAUUUGUCUUGGCCUGAGGUAUACACACCAGAAUCGCCAGUCACUGCAGGAUUAAGGCGGCGCCUGGACAAGAAAAGAUCACUCUCCCCGCUACCGCCUUCCACUACAAUAUUCUCACCAGCCCCACCGUCUCAAGGCAAUCAUUUCACCGCAGAAAUCCUCCAGAAAGCUUGCAACAUAGCGCUGGUCAAGCCAAUCGAAGCUGUCGUUCUGCUUGUUCAUAUCCUAGCACGUAUCGCUAGCGGCGCAACCGUCAACGACCUCCUCAGUGGGGAGCUCUUCCGGCGACCAGAGCAUCGUCGUCGGCGGUCAAGUUUUCCGGAUCAAGUGAGCUCUCCGCACGACGAUAGUGACGACGAAGAUGACUUCGGCGUGCCGAUUCGCCGUGGAAGAACUCGAGCCGAUGCUGCAAAGUCUCCGUCCUCCACCAAGAAGAGUAGUGAUGCUGACUCCAUAUUCGACUUGGAUUGAGACUUUCCGUGAAGCGCGGUGUGGGGGAAACUGGGACAACUCGAGACUUACUAUUCUCGGGAGUCCAGACAUGUUAUUCUAUACUAGCACGGUGUUCAAGGCUGCUGCCAAGUCUCAACCAGAUUACAGGAUGUCUGGGUAAUGGAAUUGAUGGAUUACCAGCUAUUAUGAUAUAAUCGGACCAGUGAGGACAGAGUAUCAUGGAAUAUGAUGAUUGCAUCUGCC